UACAGACCCAAACAGUGAAAGAGGACUCCGCCAGGAAUGCAUCAGCAAUAUGUGGAUUCUAGCAGUCAACUCGGCUCAUACGCUCUCCGCUUUCCGAAUUUUUGAGAUCUGCAAAAAAAGUUUUAGGAGUAGUAGAAGUUAAGUGUGCUUUUGAAUCACUGUCUAAGUUUGCACUGUGCCAGCCUGUAAGGUGACACGUACUGGGCACUUGUGUGUCUAUAGGCAUUAGGCAGACAGUAUGGCAGAUAUCGAGUCCUCUUUUGAAUUCAGCUCAUCUUUUACUAGUUCCUCGCUGCCUCCCCCACGGACUCGAAUCUUUAAAAUAAUCGUAAUCGGAGACUCCGGAGUUGGCAAGACGUGCCUCACUUAUAGAUUCUGUGCGGGCAAGUUUCCAGACAAGACUGAGGCCACUAUAGGGGUGGAUUUUCGGGAGAAGAUUGUCGAAAUAGACGGCGAGAAAAUCAAGGUUCAGUUGUGGGACACUGCAGGUCAGGAGCGCUUCCGUAAAAGCAUGGUUCAGCACUACUACCGUAAUGUCCACGCUGUGGUGUUUGUCUACGAUGUCACAAAUGCUGCUAGUUUCCGAAGCCUUCCGGCGUGGAUCGAGGAGUGCCGUCAGCACGCUCUGGGUCAAGAGGUGCCCAGAAUCCUGGUUGGCAAUAAAUGUGACCUGCGCCAUGCCGCUCAAGUAAGCACUGACGUAGCACAGCAGUUUGCUGAUGCCCACUCAAUGCCUCUGUUUGAGACCUCAGCCAAGAACCCCUUUGGAAACGAUGAAGGCAGUCGGAAUAAUAGUGACCACGUUGAGGCCAUUUUUAUGACUGUGGCGCACAAGCUGAAAUCUCAGAAACCGCUGGUGUUAAGUCAGCCACCUAGUGGAUCGGGAGAUAUCGUUACUCUAAGGAAGGAAGAGGAGGACGGGGGAGCCUGGGGUUGUGGCUGCUGGAGGAGCUAAUGAUGGGAAGCCUGUGCAAGAAAGGGAACGAGUCAUUGCUUUACAGGGUGGGGCCUACAAAUGCGAGGAUGCACAGAGGCUUCAGGAUUGAUGAAAUUAAGAUACAUGUUAUUAAGGGAGAUGUUAACCAUCAUCAAGAUUCCUGUUUUUAUCAGAUGUGCAGAAUCUGGCCAUUAUUUUAAAAGGAAAUAGCACAAGGAAUUUUUUUUACAUGCAUGUAGGCCCACCCACCUUAUGUAUCCUAGCUUCAGACCACUGUACAUCAGCCUCUGUUCAGCUCAUAUACCUCCCCACCACCACUGCCACACACAGAUGAACAAAUUUGCCUACUAGAUUUAGUCAGGAAAGUGGUUCCAAAGGGGAAGUAUAGGGUGAAAUCACCAUAAACAAAACAUUCCCUUUUUCAUCACAUCUAUUAAACAGUUUUCCCACCAAAAUUAGAUGCCAAAUCUGGUUUUGUGGUUUGUUCUCUCCCUCUAUCUCACACCACACAUACAGGCACUUCCUGUGAACGUUUUCAGUUCUCUCAAGUGAAACAACAAACCUGCUCACACUCUCACAAAUGCAUAUUAGUUGUUAUUAGUGAUGCUAAUAGAGAAAAACAAGGGAUGAAUUUAAAAGCUGAUAUCCUUUCCUUCGUAAAGACAGUCCUAGUCCACUGCCAGUAUUUAUUUAUUUUUCUUCUAGCAGUCAUUCAGGUGAACAAUAUUUACUGUUAAAACAAGUGGGUAAUUCAUGUUAUCAAAUCCUUACUGUUAAUCCGUUCAUAAUUGUGGAUUUGUGAAAGCCAGACUUCUGGUAAAAAUGGACAAGACUUCUCUAAUGCUGUUUACUUCAGUGUCCACAAUCAGGUGUGGUAUGCAGUAUGGCGGAAAUAUCACAGUAUACCUUGCAGCUUUGCUAGGCCAAAUUAUACAUUUGUGUAAUGUAUAUCACAGAUUAGUUGAUAAAUAUGCAUUUUCCUUGUUUUAUACAUGGCAUCUGCGCUGUGCAUGGUAUUGCUCUGACAGUUCUAGUGUCAGUCUCUCAUUCACUCUAUAAUCUAUCAAUACAAAUAUACAGUACUUCACAGUUGCUGAUGGAAAUAUUUUUUUCCCAGUGGCCUUUUUUGUCAUGCUAUCCAGAAUUCAGUCCAGUACAGGAGUAUUCCUUUAUGUCUUUAAUGUAGCCACAGCAGGUCCUGUGUAUUGCAUCAAAGAAGCCUCAGGUACCACCUGUUUUAUUUGUUUGGAGAGGUUUGCAUAUAAAUGACAAUUAAAGUAAAAUUAAAUAGGAGUAUGUGAUUGUUGAGGAAUUUUACAUGGUUAAUGAUGGCUCUGAAAUAUUUAAGUGCAAAGUGUUAAAUGCGUACUAAAGAAAUGUAACCUGUUUGUGCCAAAUAUUAUGAUCCUGGGCGCUUUCUGUUAUACUUGACAGAAUUAUCCUAUUGUAUUAAAGGAAUAUACUGUGUUCAAAACAAGUUAAGCUCAAUCAACUGCAUUUGUGGCAUAAAGUUGAUUACCACAAACAUUUUUUAAUAGUCCCUCUUUUUCUUAAAAAAAAAAAAAAUCUGGGUUACAGUGAAACACUUUCAAUGGAAGUGAAUGGGGCCAAUCCAUAAAUGUUAAAAUACUCACUGUUUCAAAAGUACAGUCAGAAGAUGUAAACAGUAUGAGUGUUAACAUGAUUUUAGUGUGAUAAAAUCACAUACUAAUCUUUUCUGUUUAAAGUUAUAGCCAAUUUUACAACUUCGUUGCCAUGACGAUGUAACGUCAACAAACCCUAAAAUUACUGUAAUAUUUACAGCUCAAGUAUUACAUGAGUUUUAACAGAUGAAUUAAUGUAAGUGAUUUUAUAAAAUGAUCAGCUUCAUAUUUCUGCCUUUAAACCCUCUAAAAAUUGGCCCCAUUCACUUCCAUUGUAAAUACCUCACUGUAACUUUGAUUUCUGCUUUGAAAAGGAGGGACGAGUCAAAAUAAUUAUUUGUGACAAUCAACAUUAUGCCAUAAAUGCUGUCAAUCGAGUUUAACCAGAAUAUUACUUAAAGUGCCAGAAGCAUCAUGAAGUGGAUCAGUUUUGUUAUAUCAACAGGCCACUGUGGUAAUGAUUUUAUGAAGUUUCAUUCUGGAGUGGUCAUGAUCAGCUGUGGCUCUGAGUUCACUUGUUUGAUAAUACUGAUUUGUCUCUUCACCAAAAGUACCAUUUCAAGUGUCCUUCAAACUUCUGUUAUUUUCUGUUUCAAAUAACACAAUAACAUAGUUAUCUCAGAAUCUCUAAAAAAAAAUGCUAAUGAAACUUCCAAGUUACAUGCAGACAAUAUGUGGCAUUUCAUUCAGAUGUGUAAGUGCUAAAUUUUAUUACUAUUUAUUAUUCUCAGUUAAAAGUUCAUUAUGCAUCUUUUCAACUAAAGUAUAUGAGCCAAUUCAAGUUAUCAGGGGUCAAUAGUUGAGAAAAUAGCACCUUGCAAUGCCAGAACACAAGCAUGCAAAUCAUAUAUCUUUACUAAUCAUUUUGCUGAUAAAACCCAUGUCUUCAGUCUUGGUGAGGUAGAGUGAUAAUUUUAAGGGACAAAUCAACCGUCAAUCCACUGUAAUUAAAGGGGAACACAAGAAAUCAUGGUUGUUGCAGUUUUGUUAAAAGAAUAAAGCA